AUGGCGAUUGUCACAACUCACGUAACACUCUCAUGUAGGAAGAGGGAAAUGCCCUCUUUCGCUGGCCUCGAUGGCGCAAACUCGAACAAGAAGCGAAAACGAACAGAACUUUUCCCAGAUGAGGAGCUGAACAAGUCUCAAUCGAUUGCCAAGACCAUGUCCCCUUGGUCAGAUCUACCAAGGCAGGCGACAUGUCUUAUUUUAUUCUUUUUUGUUGUAGCAAAAAUGUCCCACGAUACAACACCACCACCAGCCCCUCCACACUCUCCACGCGAACUGCGCAUCACCAGAGCUCAAAAACGGCCACAACUUGGUUAUGUCGAGACAACAAAAGCUCUCGCGAAAUUAGAUAUACUCAAUUCAGCAACACGGGAAAUUCUCUCAGGAAUUGAUGGGUUAACUGAGACGGCGGAUGAGAUAGAUUGGAUACUCAAUUUAGGAACACAAGGGGUCUCUCAUUCCCUUGCACGAACAAAACAGACUUGUCAAAGCCUGAUGGACUUGGUUCAGGAAAGAUUGGCGUUUUUAGACCAACAAGAGAUGUAA